AUGAGUUUAACCCUGGCUAGGUGCAGAAUACCGAGGAAAAACGUUUUCUAUUAUCGAUCAACGGAACAUGAAAACAAUUUCAUUUUGUCUUUCGCCGUUUGUUUUGACAGAGAAGAUGACAUCUAUUACUUUUGCUACUGCUAUCCCUACACAUACACACAACUUCAACGUUAUAUAAACCGCAUUAGCCAAAUGCACAGCGUAAUUGUAAAAAGAGAGCUACUUGGAAUGAGUUUGGUAAGAACAAAUAAUCAAAUAUGUGAUUUUUCGAGUCACAGUACAGUCACAGUAGGAUGUUCGAACUAUCACGUGAUAUUUUUAAUAUAUAUUAAAAAUAUUAAGAUAUCUUACCUUCUUGCUGCUGUAGCAUACCAUUUGGUUUUUGACUUUUCAGUCAACACAACAAUUACUCGUGGGCUUCGAAGACUUGACCUGCUUACAAUAACGGAUCCUCGAAAUUCAAAUUUAUUCGGGUUGCCAAAGAAGCGUAUAGUUUUCGUGACUGCAAGGGUUCACCCGGGUGAAAGCCCAUCUUCCUACGUAUGUCAAGGACUUAUUGAUUUCCUCACAAGUUCGCAUUCAAUUGCCAAACAGCUUCGGCUGCAUCUGGUUUUUAUGAUUGUACCAAUGCUGAAUCCCGACGGGGUAUUCUUUGGAAAUCACCGAAGCUCUCUUCUUGGGUUCGACUUAAAUCGCCAUUGGCAGGAACCGCUUCCCGUAGCCCAACCAACUAUUCACUCUGUAAAAAACCUACUUGCAUCUUUGGACAAAUUUGACGUACGUUAA